CUGUCAACGUUUCAAAAUGGUUUAUAUAAACUAGACGACAGCCGUUCGUUCUCCCUUACAAUUUCCACUCAUUCAACGACCAUUAUACUCUGACUUUCUAUUCUCCAAAUAAACCCGCCGACAAAAUGCAAUUUUCCACUAUCCUUGUCCUCGCCUUCGCAGGCCUUGGCCUGGCCGCGCCUGCUCCCCAGAAAAGGGGGGAGCCUACUCCGGCGCAGCUCAAGCGCAUCAAGGCGCAAGAGGCGGUCGGUAUGAGCUGCUCCGACCGGGGCGACGGUAUCUUCGUUUGUGUCGACUUCCAGGGUGGCGAUUGUUUCAUCACCAGGGACGGCGGAGGUAACUGCCUUUUCUAAGCGCCACGAGCCAGGUAGUUUGGGGGAACCGAGGGGAUUAUGCGGAUUCGUCGGGCCGGUACCUCUUUCUCUUAGACCCCGGGCCUAGUCCCAUGAGUCUCGACGGGUAUAUGCUGGUGGAAAGGUUUUGAGUAUAUGUACAUACGGUAGUUGACUCGGGACCCUGUUACGUAUCGAAAUCCUAGGGUAUAUGUACUGAUGGGAAAAGAGGCUGUCGCCUGUAUUAUAAUUAUCCAAAGCUUGCUUCCUG